AUGGGGCGGAUGGGCCGGUGUCGUGCCGUUCCCAGGGAGCCGGCCCCAUGGAGCCCAGCUAGCACCAAGGCCACUUUGGGUACAGUACCUACAGUUCCCAUCUGGCUCUGUAGCCCCGUAAGCCUACUGCCGGCCGCAUGUACCUUCCCUCACCUUACCUUACCUGCGGACGAGAUGAAACAACGACUAAGCCAAGUCAAGUCUAUCCAUACCUACAAUGCUAAAUGA